AUGAGAAAAGCCAAGAAGAUUUUCUCAUUGAUCUUCUUGUUUGUCCUCAUAAGCAUAAUUGGUGUUGUUUCUUCACAACAAUGCUUUGACACUGGGGAUUUUGGAGACGAUAGUGAAUAUGGUGUUAACCUUAACAAAAUCCUCUCAUCUCUUCCUUCCAAGGUGCAGGUUAAAGGAAGCUUCUACAGUGAUUCAAUCGGCCAAGGUUCCAACCAAGUACACGUUAUGGCAAUGUGCAUCGAUGGGAGCGAACCAGCGGUUUGCUCUGAAUGUAUUGGGGUUGCGGUUGAGCAGUUAAAAUACAAUUGUCCUAACCAAAUUAAAGCAUUUACAUGGGCACCUCACAAGACGAUAUGUUUUGCACGUUAUUCUAACGUUUCAUUUUUUGGAAGCGUAGAGAAGCACCCGCUUUACUCAGAGCACAGUAGUAUGAACAUCAAGUCAUAUUUGAAUGCGUCUGAGGAAAAAUGGAAGGACUCAAUGAGAGAUAUGAUAGAGAAAGCCCGGAGCAAGACCGGAUCUCUUUCUAACCGCGACUACUACUCAACUUCUGAGCCAAUAUUGGAAAAUCACCAGACUUUAUACGCAUUGAUGCAGUGCACUCCAGAUCUAUCUCCUGGGAACUGCAGCGACUGUCUGCAAGAGUGUGUUGGUAGUUAUGAUGCAGUACCAGAUUUACGUGGCACGAAAGGAGGCAUUAUUGCAUAUCCGAGCUGCUUUUUCCGGUGGGAUCUGAAUCCCUUCAUCGGAGCUUUCAAUUUGACCCAGCCAGAGUGCAAUAAGAAUAUCACAGCAAGAAAAAUCAUGGCGUUUGUUAUUCCCUUUGGAGUUGUCAUCUCUGUCCUGACUGCUACAAUAGCACUACUUAUGUGCAGAAGGAGAAAAACUUUUCCUCCAGCUGAGGAAAAUUCAACUAAAAGUUCGCUGCAGUACGAUCUUAAGACAAUUGAAGCAGCAACAUGUACAUUUUCGAAUAGCAAUAUGCUCGGUAAAGGUGGAUUUGGUGAAGUUUUCAAGGGUGUGCUUCAAGACAGGUCAGAAAUUGCCGUGAAGAGGCUAUCAAAAGAAUCAGCACAAGGUGGACAAGAGUUCAAGAACGAGACUAGGCUUGUGGCAAAGCUCCAACAUAGAAAUUUGGUUACAGUUCUUGGGUUUUGUAUGGAAGGAGAAGAGAAGAUACUUGUCUACGAGUUUGUUCCAAACAAAAGCCUCGACCAUUUCUUGUUUGAACCUACAAAGCAAGGCCAACUGGAUUGGGCCAAACGGUACGAGAUUAUUGUUGGGACUGCCAAAGGAAUUCUAUAUCUUCAUCAUGAUUCGCCUCUCAAGAUCAUACACCGUGACCUUAAAGCUAGUAACAUCCUCUUAGAUGCUGAAAUGAAACCUAAAGUCGCAGAUUUUGGAAUGGCAAGGAUUUUGGAGAUGGAUCAGUCUCGAGCUGAUACUAGGAGAGUCGUUGGAACUCAUGGCUACAUUUCUCCAGAGUAUAUGAUGCAUGGGCAAUUCUCCACGAAGUCUGAUGUCUACAGUUUUGGUGUCUUGGUUCUUGAGAUUAUAAGCGGAAAAAGAAACAGCAAUUUCCAUGAAACUGAUGAUUCUGGAAAGAGUUUGGUCACACAUGCGUGGAAGCACUGGAGAAACGGGUCACCAUUAGAGCUUGUUGAUACGGAACUUGGGAAGAACUACAAGAGUAACGAAGUUAUCAGAUGCAUUCACAUGGCGCUGUUAUGUGUUCAAAAUGAGCCAGAACAGCGUCCAUCGUUAUCAACUAUCAUCUUGAUGCUCACAUGUAACUCCAUCACUUUACCGGUGCCUCAAUCACCGGCGUAUGAGGGAUUUGAGAUGGGUUUGCCUCCCAUAAAAUCUGUUACGGUUUCUGUCAAUGAUUCAUUGAUAGAUGACUUGGUUCCUCGUUGA